AUGCAAAAUUCAAAGAAAGAAUCAGUAAACGGUGAAGUCAAUGAUGCCAACCUGCUGUCAUCAAGAAACUUUCUUAUUUCGAGUUCUAGGCAACCACUUCUGAUCCUCUUCAUCCUAUUUUCGUUUACAUCAGCACAAAACAAUGAUUAUACAUAUCUGCGAGCUUUGAAAGAUGCUUGGCAGAACACACCACCCAGUUGGGAAGAUAACUCCGACCCAUGUAGUGGUUGGGACGGAAUCAGGUGCACAAACGGACGUGUCACCUCCAUAACUUUGGCUAGCAUGGGUUUGACUGGUUCGCUUACGGGAGAUAUAGGGCAGUUAUCUGAAUUGCAGAUUCUAGAUUUGUCUUACAAUACGGGUUUGACCGGGCCUCUAGUUCCAGCAAUUGGGAAUUUGAGAAAGUUAACAAAUUUAAUCCUGGUUAAUUGCGGUUUCAGCGGGCCACUUCCCGACACCCUCGGGAAUCUAGAAAAUCUUAUCUAUAUGUCUCUGAAUUCUAAUCGUUUCACGGGAUCGAUUCCACCUUCCAUUGGUAAUAUCGAAAAUCUUUACUGGUUGGAUUUAGCUGAUAACAGGCUAUCUGGAAGUAUACCUGUUUCUAGUGGGACAACUCCUGGUCUUGAUAUGCUAAUUCAUGCAAAACAUUUCCAUUUUGGAAGGAACAUGCUCACAGGCCCUCUCCCAGCUCGGCUCUUUAGCUCAAAUAUGACUUUAAUUCAUCUACUAUUUGAAAACAACCAGCUUACAGGCCCCAUUCCUUCCACCCUUGGGCUUGUGAAAUCACUAGAAGUCGUGCGUCUUGAUAGGAAUCGUUUAACUGGUGAUAUCCCAUCAAACAUCAACAACCUUACUGGUGUUUUUGAGAUGUUUCUGUCAAACAAUCGAUUGACUGGCCCUGUGCCUAAUUUAACCGGUCUGGGCGUCCUCAAUUAUCUGGAUUUGAGCAACAAUACUUUUGAUGAAUCCAGCGUUCCUUCUUGGUUUUCGACAUUACAGGCUUUGACAACACUGAAGAUGUUCAAUAAUAAUCUUGUAGGAGUUCUCCCUGUUACCCUUUUCAGCAUCCCUCAAUUACAGAAUGUUGAUUUAGGUGGCAACCAACUAAAUGGCACCUUGAAUAUCGGCUCUACCCAUAGCAACCAACUACAGCAGGUCGAUUUGCGGAAUAAUCAAAUAGAUGACUUCACUCAAAGAAGCGAAUAUAAUAUCGAAUUAAUACUUGCUGGUAAUCCAAUUUGUAUGGAAUCGGGUGUGACAGACGAAUUUUGUAAUCUUCCCACAGUUACAACAUCUACAUAUUCUACACCACCGAGCAACUGUGUACCUACAUCAUGUCCUUCGGGUCAAGCUUCGAGUCCAAAUUGUCAAUGUUCAUUUCCAUACACAGGCAACCUUUUCUUCCGGGCUCCUUCCUUCUCUGAUCUUGGAAAUACAAGUGUUUAUGAAUCUCUCCGGAAUGCAAUGAUGAUAUCUUUCCAGAGAUCUCAACUCCCGGUGGACUCGAUUUCAGUUAGGAAUCCUAUGAAAAAUUUGGAUGAUUACCUUGUAAUCAACCUUCAGGUUUUUCCAUCUGGAAACGAUAGGUUUGAUAGGUCCGGGAUUCUUGGACUCGGUUUCUCACUUAGCAACCAAACUUUCAAGCCUCCUGCAGCAUUCGGUACCUACUUUUUCAUCGGUGAAAACUAUGACUUCUUGCUAGGAUCAUCAGGGAGCGGAAAGAAGUCAUCUAACACUGGAAUUGUUGUGGGGGCAGCUGUUGGUGGUUGUGUGCUUGUGGUGUUAUUGAUAGUUGCAGGAAUGUAUGCUUUUCGACAAAAAGGCAGAGCUGAAAGAGCCACACAUGAGAGCAGGCCUUUUGCAUUAUGGGAUACAACCACUGGAAGUGGUGGUGUCCCUCAACUGAAAGGAGCAAAAGCAUUCUCUUUUGAGGAACUUAGCAAAUGCACAAACAACUUCUCAGAAACGAACAACAUAGGAACUGGAGGAUAUGGAAUGGUAUACCGAGGAAGCCUACCGAAUGGGCAACUGAUUGCAAUCAAAAGGGCUAAGCAGGGAUCAACACAGGGUGGGCUUGAGUUUAAAACUGAGAUUGAACUUCUUUCAAGAGUUCAUCACAAGAAUCUUGUGAGUCUGGUAGGUUUCUGUUUCGAUCAAGGUGAACAGAUGUUGGUAUAUGAGUAUAUCGUGAAUGGCACAGUCAAAGAUAGUCUUUCAGGGAGAUCUGGAAUCAGGUUAGAUUGGACAAGAAGACUUCGAAUAGCACUAGGAGCAGCAAAAGGGUUGCAAUACUUGCAUGAUCUUGCUGAUCCUCCAAUCAUACAUAGAGAUGUCAAAACAAACAAUAUCUUAUUAGAUGAACGCUUAGUCGCAAAAGUUGCUGAUUUUGGCCUUUCCAAGUCACUUGGUGAUGCUAACAGAACUCAUGUUACCACUCAAGUUAAAGGCACAAUGGGCUACAUGGAUCCCGAGUAUUACAUGACACAACAAUUGACAGAAAAGAGUGACGUUUAUAGCUUUGGAGUCGUGUUGUUGGAGCUAAUAACUGCAAGAAGUCCAAUCGAGAAAGGGAAGUACAUUGUGAGAGAAGUGAGAAAUGCCAUGGACAAAAGCAAAGAGUUAUACAAUCUUCACGAAGUACUUGACCCAACCAUUGGUUUGAGCACUCAACUCAAAGGUUUAGAAAGAUUUGUGGAUGUGUCAUUGAGGUGUGUGGAAGAAACCGGAAGUAAAAGACCAACAAUGAGUGAUGUUGUUAAAGAAAUUGAGGGCAUUAUGGAACUCGCGGGUCUUAACCCGAAUGCUGAGUCAGCAGCAAAUUCAGCAGGAUAUGAUGAUGGGAGUCGGGGAAGUGAACAUCCUUAUACUAAUGAUAGUCUUUUCGCCUACAGUGGUGACCAUUUCCCAACAAAGUUUGAACCCAAGUAGAAACAAAUUGCGGCUCUCAACUGUUUGAUGUUAAAAUGUUUUUUUUUUUAUACUUUGUUUUGUACAAAUGAGACCUACAAAAUUAGGAUUUUGGAAGGAAACGUGUGAGUGUUUAUCCAUUUAUUUAAAUUUG